UCAUACACUGCUUAACUCCGCAAACUUGCUUGCAGCACCCAUAGUAGAGAGAACCAGACUGUUUAUGCUGUCACUCCUUUCAGGGCAGCUGCUCUUCUUCUACCAUCUCUCCAGAGUUUUGUGCAUUGUAAACAGCCUCAGGAUCGGUUAGCAGAUGAAUGCUGCUGCGGUAUCAAUUUACGGAAACCGGAGCUAAGAAGCUGGCUGAAUCACUGCUCGGAUACCAGUUAGUGCUGAGCCAAUCCAUUGCUUUUCUCGUAGUCAGGCUCCACCCUCCCAAUCCAGCAGCGGAAUUUUCCUUAGUCGCAUCAACUUGUUUCUCUCUGCUUGGCGCAAUGGUUGAAGGAACAGUUUGAGCGGCAGGCUGCUGAAGAGGACCUCAGCAUAAAGGAAAUAGAACAGCUGUUCAUAAGAUUGUCCCUGAAAAACAUAUCGUCCAAUCUGGCUGGAGUAUCAAAGGGUCAGCGCAGAUUCUCCGGAGAAGAUCGUCGGACGCAAGAAGAGACCGAGGAAGGGAGGACGCACCCCCUUUUCACAAUAGUAGCUUUCAUAUUCAGGAAAAUAUUUGAGGAAGAAUCUGCUUAAAGCAAUGAAGAAGCUUCAGAAAGUUCUCCUGGCUGGUCUUGGCCUUCUAGUUCUCGUUACUUAUAUUCUGCAUCACAUUCGCCUCAGCUGUUAUUUCCUGACCUGCUAUUCAAAGGAUGAGUUCUCUUCAGAUUUUGAUGACACAAAGCUCAUGGAAGUUCCUGGCAUUAUGUUUGUGGAGACCACAGAUGCCUUGCAGCUCUCGGCACUUGCUGUUUGCUCAGUGGAAUCGGCAAGCCUGAGAAAUCCGGACAAGCAUGUUUAUUACUUCCUGAAAGGAUUCAGUGGGAACUUGUUGCACUAUCCGCGCCCUCAGCAUGAAGCCAUUCACCUGCUUUCAUCACUGAAAAACGUUACAAUUUCCCCUCUGAGUCUAAAAGCACUAUUUCAGGAUACCCCUCUCAGCUCUUGGUAUGAACAGGUCAAUCCAUUUUGGGAAAAAUACUGGGUCCAUGUGUUGUCUGAUGCCUGUCGAAUUGCAUUACUGUGGAAAUAUGGAGGCAUCUAUCUGGACACAGAUAUCAUAUCUCUAAAACCUUUGGAGUUCCAAAACUUCAUCUGUGCUGAAGGAUACCAGACAGCGAAUGGUGCAGCACUGGGGUUUAAGAAGCAUCAUAAAUUUAUCUGGGACUGCAUGGAAGACUACGUCAGGAACUACGAUGGAGACACUUGGGGUUACCAAGGCCCAGCUUUGGUGAGCAGAGUUUUGAAGCGGUGGUGCGAAUCUAAUGACCUGGGUGAAUUUUUCAACUUGGAGUGUAAAGACAUUUCCUAUUUGCCACCCAAAUAUUUCUACCCAAUUUCAUACACAAGGUGGGAAAGUUACUUCCAACACUGGAGAAAAUCUGAUAUUGAAUCGGUUUUUGCGGAGACGAAAGGGGUGCAUGUCUGGAAUUAUAAGAACAUUUACCAGCAAAAGCAAGUCACUGCAGGAAGUGGAACCCUAAUGGAAUACUUCUUCUCAAAGUAUUGCCCUACGACUUACAAAUCUCUGGUAAAACGUGCCAGUCAAGGAGAACAAUUUCAGGAAUUUGUUGGGGACUGAGUAUGAGCGAGCAACGGAGAAGGGGCCCUACAAUGCACCCCUGCCCCUCUCUGUGAUUUUGAAGACCUGGCCUCCAUUUAAUUUUGGCAGGUGCACUGUGGAGAGCCAAGCACGCAGCUCGCCAGAUUGAGGCCUCAGGGUCAGACUGGGUCAGUCAAAUUGGAGGUGUGGAGAUUGUGGGUGUUCCCGGAGCGUCAGUGGAUCCCAUUAUUUUUGUAGUCAUCCCUGCUGCGCUUGGACCCGCAACAAUAAUUCGACAGUUUAUGCUGGGUCUCUUUUCUUGCCCCUCCUGUGGAAUUAUCUAGACGGGGCUCAAUGCAGACUCAGACCAGUCCCCACCUAAAUUGGCAAUUGGGGUGCUAUUUACAACGUGGGGCCUUGAUUUACAUAUUAAAAGGGAUGCAUCACCUGAAACAGGCAGAUAUUUUGGACACCAGUGAAUAACCCUUCAAAAUGGCAGCAGCUACAUUCCCAGUAUUAACGGAAUUGUAAGGUGACCGACCCCAUUUUGAGAUGACUAGCAUCUCACUAACACCAGACCAGGCCUGUGAGCUUUGACCCUGCUGUUACCACAAUAGCCUUAUAUCAUGAAACCUCUUACUGAUUGUGUGGGUGAUGAUACAUUUUGAUAUAACUUACAUUACAAACCCAAUAUCGGAGUGUCACAGCACUGAGCUAAUUGGCCGUCUUCAAUCUGUUGCUGAUUCCUGAUUGAAUAGUAUCUGUGUCUGUUCAGUUGAUGGUGCAGUUCCCUCUCCUCCACAACAUGAAAUUCCACAAGCUGUGCCAACCUGCCAACACUUCAACAAGAUGGUGAUUGAUCUUGUAUGUAGCCAGGCAGUUCAGUUGUGAAAUGCAUCACAUCCUCAAGCUGGAUCCUGCUCUCACCAGGCACACACGCUUCACAGUAUAGAUGUUAGUGAACAACACUAAACACCUUUUGACGAUUGGUUUUCCCCUCCUUUGGUUCAGUAACAAUGACCUUUGACUUGAGUCUGGGAUUUCCCAGGAGUGUAGAACAUGGUGCUCCACAUAGAAGUGCCUUCUCAAACUAGGUAAUCUGUAGAAUUCAUGGGGAAAUUUAGUCCUGGUUAAAAUUUGACCUCAACCCACCACAAACCUGCCACAUCUGGGACUGCCAGCCAAGGACCAAUCCACACUAAGGAUGUAUGACUCUCAUUUAACUAUUUUAAUAAAGCAGUGUUCCAAAGUG